UUGGCAGAGAAUUGGCGUGAAUGGAGCCAACUCUGGAGAUCGUACGAGACCGUGACGCGGAUGACGUCGCAGCCAGAUGAAUACAGGCUUGCGUCGUUUAUCACAUGCAUUGGUAGAGCAGGGUUGCGCAUAUACAAUAGCUUACCAUUCGCAGAGGAGGCGGAGAAGACGGAUAUGGCAAGAGUGAUUGAGCUAAUGGAAGCGCAUUGCGUGGGUGAAGCAAAUGUUACGUACGAACGCUUUGUCCUUGAUCAGAGGCGGCAGAAUCAUGGUGAGCCAUUUGACAAAUUUCUAACGUCGGUGAGAGAGCAAGCUCAACGUUGUCGGUUUGGUGACCAAGAAAGCGACAUGAUCCGUGAUAGAAUCGUGUGUGGUGUGCAUGAUCAGGGGUUGCGUAAACAACUCCUGCAAAGAAAGAAUCUCUCAUUAGCAGACUGUGUUGAUCUAUGCAGGGCGUAUGAGGCUACCGAGAAGAGGGCCAAGACGAUGAGCGGAGCAGAUACUGAAGUACACAGGGUGCAGAAGCAGUACGUACCCAAGUCCUCCAAAGUGAAGUCCAAGAGAUAUCAGUCUAAAGACACAGUGAAGGUGAGCGCUAAGACUGAAUGUCAGUAUUGUGGUUUGCAGCAUGCAAAGGGACGCGUGAACUGCCCAGCGAACGGAAAGCAGUGUAGCAAGUGUGGCAAACUAAAUCACUAUGCGCGGAAGUGCCGUAGUCAGCCAAGCGUGAAGUCGCGUGUACACUGUGCGCAGGAAUCUGUAAGUAGUGAUGAGGCAGAAGAGCUCAUGACGCUGACUCUCACAGGGCAGCAUGAUGUCAAUGCAGUUAGGACAGCGAAGUACAGACCACAGAUCAUGGCAACAAUGCUGUUGGAAGGCAAGUCGAUGGUACAGUUUCAAGUUGACACCGGUGCCUCGUGUAAUGUGAUACGGAGAGCUGAUGUGCCAAAACAUGUCAAACUGGAGUCUACCCCUCAGGUUCUAACCCUCUAUGAUCGUUCGAAGGUGACUCCCGUAGGACGCUGUACGCUCCGAUUGAAGAAUCCUAGAAAUAAUCGAAACUACCGUGCGCAUUUCGUAGUAGUUGAUCGAGCAGCAGUCUCUAUUUUGGGUUCACGUGCGGCGCAACAAAUGCAAUUAGUGACAGUGCAGUAUGAUCGAAUACAGCUGUUGGAUGCUCCGUCUACACACCCCGCUGUAGAAACAGACAAGGAUCUCAUGACGGUAGAGAAUGUUAGUGAGCGAUAUCCGCAAGUGUUUGACGGCAAAGUUGGAUCGUUAGGACAGCCGUUACAACUUGACAUAGAUGAGACAGUGACACCGGUUCAGAUUCCCGUACGACGUGUUCCUGUAGCGAUGAGACAACCGUUGAAAGCUGAAUUAGACAAUAUGGCAAUAGACGCAGAUGAGGAACAAGACAAUGCUUUGCUAUCUUUGAAACCUGAAACAGUACAAAAGAUUAGACAGGCAACAAUCGCGGAUGAUGGUAUUAAGCAGCUAAAGGAAAUGAUUUUUUCAGGAUGGCCAGAUCACAAGAAGCAGAUACCGAGAGCACUGACCCCUUAUUUUGGUGUUCGUGAUCAGCUGGUAGUACAGAAUGGACUAGUCUUUUGUGGAGACAGACUUCUAGUCCCGGAUCAACUGCGAUCCUAUAUGCUAGACAGAGUACAUUCGACGCACUUGGGCAUCAAUGGAUGCAUUCGUCGUGCAAAACAAAGUAUUUGGUGGCCAGGCAUGACAGGACAGAUAAGAGACAAGAUAGAGUCAUGUGAAGAAUGCAACAAGUAUCCAGUGAAGCAAUCUAAGGAGACACUAGUAUCGCACCAUGUCCCAGAACGACCUUGGGUGAAAGUUGGAGUUGAUUUGUUUGAGUAUAGGUCCAAGCACUACUUGGUAAUAUCAGAUUACCAAAGCAAUUUUCUUGAGAUGGAGCGACUAUAUGAAACAACGUCGAAGUCUGUGAUCAAAUCAUUGAAACAACAAUUUGCUAGACACGGAAUUCCUGAGCACUUGUUUAGCGAUAAUGGGCCGCAAUUUCAGUCACAAGAAUUUGCUCAUUUUGCAGACGUAUGGAAUUUUCAACAUAAUACUGCAAGUCCAGGAUAUCCGAAGAGUAACGGAAAAGCUGAAAAUGCAGUUAAAGUAGCCAAGAGAAUUCUCAAGAAGUCGCGAGAAGCAGGUACAGAUGUUUACCUAGCAUUACUUGAUUAUCGGAACACCCCGAGUGAAGGACUUGCCACAAGUCCAGCACAACGACUGUUCAAUAGGAGAACACGCACCCUUCUUCCGACGAAAGCUAGUCUUCUUGAACCAAAGAUGAAUCCAGAUGAGAGUGACCAUCAGCGGGUCAACAAAGAGAAACAAAAGGCGAAUUACGACAGAAACGCUCGAGAUUUGCCACAAUUGCGUCCAGGUGAUACGGUACGAGUACAGCCACUAACACAGAAACGAGACGUAGUGUGGCCGAAGGCAGUAGUGACUAAUGUGCUACCCAAUAGAUCUUAUGGAAUCUUGACGGAACAUGGUAAAGAAUUGAGACGCAAUAGGGUUCAUCUGAGGAAGGUCAAGGAAGAACCAGUGAGGAUUCCUACCCAGCAGGUAAAGGACACAGCAGGAGGAAGGAAUGACAACCAUGCACCUCAGCAAGUUGUACAGUCAAAGACUACGAAAACACCGAAGAGACAGAUAGAGAACCGGCCAGUAUCUACCACUACCUCCCAAGACAACUCAACGAGAACUACCAGAAGUGGACGAGUGGUGAAGAGUCCAAAGUAUCUUCAAGACUAUGUUACGUAGCUAAAAAAAAAAAAAAAAACUGACAGUACUGUAUAAUGACUGAACGUCUAGAUGGUUGUGUUGCAGUUUUUUUUGUUUUUUUUUGUGUUUAAAGAAAAAGGGAUGUAGAGUAUAUAUGGACUAUAUAUAGUAGCAGGUAGAUACGGGUACUGUGUAACUUGAGUGUGCGUGGUGUGAGUCUGACAAUAGAGCCACGUGGAACCGCAGCCUCUCGUGUGUGUACUAGGUAAUACCUAACAGAGUCGUAGAACACGACACAACAUUGUCACUCAAUUUGCCCUGAAAAUCUUCGUAAAAUGAUAUUGCCCACCAUUUUAUUGGAUGACGAGUCUGAUACUGCCAGAGUCUGAUUGCGAUGAAGUAGAAGUGAAAGCUCUUGGCAAUGCCUGACUGUCAUCAUCCAGAAUAGGCAUAGUUUUCCAGCUGUG